AACAAUUCAAGUAGGGGCAGACUGAAAGUUCUUAUCUUCAACAAUGGCCUUCGGUUAUAAAAGAUGCCAGAAACCAAGUCGAGAAAGAAAAUGAAAAGAAUAGAGACAUGGAAGCAACGGUAAUGGCGACGAGAUACAAGAGGGCAAUGGCUCCGCUGGACGCGAAGGCUCGAGCGAGGCUGUGGGAAGGUGGCAGACCACCAACCGCGGCCGCGAUGGCCGUCAGUUGCCGGGAUUCGACAGGGAAAUUGGAGCAAUUGGUGCACGCCUUCUAUGAGGCUUACCACACAGGAGAUAGAGUUGAGGAGGAGGAGGAGGAGGAGGAGGAGAGAUUGCCGGCAAAAUGGCGGCAAGCGCUCGAGGCGGAGCUGAAGGAUGCUGCGGUGGAGCCAGCCGUGGAGUGGAUUAGGAAUAAAGCGGAGGUUGCAGUUGGAGCUGCCGGUUUGGAAUGCGAUGAGGUUGUUAGGCGAAGGUUGGUUCGCUGGAUGCAGGAUGGAGGAUUGGAUGCCGGAAUUUGCAAGUCGCGGUGGUACAACCCCUCCGGCAUCCCGGCGGGCUGCCACGAAUACAUCGACGCGGUGGUCGGCGACACGCGUUACAUCGUGGAGAUAAACCUCGCCGGAGAAUUCAAGAUCGCGAGGCCAUCGGAAGACUACAAGGAGCUUCACAGCUACCUUCCGAGGGUAUUCGUCGGUAGCCCGACGACGCUGCAGGCGGUGAUCGGGCUGAUGUGUCUGGCGGCACAAGAGUCGAUCAAGAAAGCCGGCAUGCACGUGCCGCCGUGGCGGCGAAGGAAAUACAUGAACCAAAAAUGGUUCGGCGAUUACGAGCGAUAUACGGAUAAUCAUUCGUCUUCGCCGGAGUUGAUAAGUAGGACGGGACUUAAAGCUCACAACGCCGGCCGGCGCUGCAGGGCGGGGAGUGGGGGAACGGCGGGUGAUGGCAAACUGGUAAAUCGAAUAUUCCUGAGGGGAUGAUCAUCGUUUUAAAAGUCUCUGUAGCUGUACAUAUAGAGAAGAUUGAGGUCAGGACUGUAGAAUUGGGAGGAUGGGAAGAAACAUUUUUUGAAUUUUUUGUUUGGAUAAAAUGCGAUAUGGAUAUUGGCCGUUGAAUUUGAGGUGUGGAUAAGUUUGACUUUUUAAGACUGGGGAGUGCAGGGCAUAUCCUGAGGGAAAUGCACGUGAUUGCUGUUUUGUUUUCAUUGUAGGAAAAUCAGAUGACAAAGAGAUAAUUAUGAUUGAAUGAUUGGGUAUAAGAUAAAGUAUUGAUUGGCUAAUGAUUAUAUGUCGC